GUUCUCUUUGUGUGAUAAACUCUCACAGAGCAGAUGGCACAUAGCGUUGUGUUGAAAUCGCCCUUAACGACUACGAUUUUGAAAAACGCAGUUGAAUCGGAUUCGUAAAAAAGUAGUACCCUUUUGAUUAGAAAACGAAGACUGUGUCCUUCCAACCUAAUAGGAAACGAACUGUUUUAUUAUGUAGGCUGGUACACAUUUUCCCUCUUCCCCCACCCCACCCCCCUCAACAUUCUGUACAAGCUCUUUCGCGACCUUACGAAAGUGUCACACUGCAUACUAAGGGGGUAGGAAAACUAGAAAGGAAAUAACAUAAGCCUACUUACCAUCCCUCCAGUUAGUUUGGCCUCCCCCACUCCACCCUCUCUCCUGAAUACACAUACCUGAUCCCUAUUGGGGCUCCUCUUCACAGACAAUGAGUACGCAUGUGCUGCGUGGUAAUCUAGAACAUGAGGAACAAAAUCACCUGCUCGAUCAAUUGCAUGAUUCUGUUAUGAACACCAAACACUAUGCAGUGGAGAUCGGCACCACCCUUCAGGAGCACGAUGCGAUACUGGAUCAGCUACAUGGUGAUAUAUCCAACACCACUGACGUCAGUCGACGCCAAAACCAGCGAGUCGUGCAACUGCUCCGGGAGAGUAAGAACCGUGGGUUCUACGCUGUAGUGCUGGUGUUGGUUGUCAUUAUAAUAUUUCUGAUUAUCAUUUAACUGUAGAACAAAUAAAAAUCUUCCCCCAACCCUCACUAAUAUAGUAUGUGCUGAGUCUAAAUAGACAAAAAAAUGUGUCACAGUCAAUGAAAAGAUAUUAGGUUGGUUCUAUCUAUUAGGUGGUUGCUUUUCCUGAAUUUAGUAUCUUUUACACACAAGGGAGACAGGGCUGGGAAUGAGAUGUGAAUGUGUAAUUUGGAUUCUUGUAUGCCGUAGUGACUACAUCUAAGUCAAGUAUCGUAAAA